AUAAAAAUCCUUAAACCCUACUGUACUGAUUGCUGGCUUUUAGCUGAUGGGCUGCUAGGGUUUAUUGUUAGAAGAAAAAUUGAUUGCUGUUUGCUCAAUCGUAGAGAAGAUGGGAGGUGCUCGAGCUCAAGUAAACAAAGCUCACAAAACUCGAUUUGCUUCAAAGUCAUCUCGCAAUGUUCAUAAAGUUUCUUCAAAAGACAAGAGUAGAAUUGCGAAACCUGAUCGCAAUCUCACUAAGGGAGCUCGGGCAGCUCGGCUUCAGCGUAAUAAGAUGAUGAGGGAGCAGAAAAGAGAUGCUCUUUUGAAAGAGAAAAGAGCUUCAUCUGGAUCAAAUAGUCCGCCCAGAGUUAUUGUUCUGUUUGGUCUAUCCAGAUCAGUUGACCUUAGUGCGCUUGAACAAGAUCUCCUGAAGCUAUUGUCCGCAGAUGGAACUGGUGUUGUGUAUCCAGCAGUUGCUUCCUCAGAAUAUAAGUUGAGAGCAACGGUUUUAAAAGCACCUCAUGGUGAUCUCUUGGCAUGUAUGGAGAUGGCCAAGGUUGCUGAUCUGAUUGCUUUUGUCACAUCUGCAAGUUCCUCUAAUGAAGAAGAUUGUUAUAUAGAUGCAUUUGGAUCUCACUGCCUUUCGAUAUUUAGAGCUCUUGGUCUUCCUAGUACUGCAGUACUGAUUCGUGAUCUACCCAGUGAGUUAAAAAAGAAAAAUGAUUCAAAGAAGGUGUGUACAUCUAGCCUGUCUUCUGAAUUUCCCGAGGAUUGCAAGUUCUAUCCAGCAGAUACAAAGGAUGAUUUGCAUAAGUUUUUGUGGCUUUUUAAGGAGCAAAGGUUCUCAGUACCACAUUGGCGUAAUCAGCGGCCAUAUCUAAUGGCUCAAAAGGUCGACGUGGUAGCUGAUAAUUCCAUUCCUGGAAAAUGUACACUCCUCCUCUCUGGUUAUAUUCGUGCUCGUAGCCUGUCGGUGAAUCAGCUGGUUCACAUAACAGGUGCUGGAGAUUUUCAGUUAUCCAAGAUCGAACUUCUCAAGGAUCCAUGUUCCCUGAAUGUGAGAAAAGGAGGAGACUUAAUGGAGUCUGACAUGAAUGAGGCACAGGUCAUCAGUUGCUUGACUCCUGACCCUAUGAAGCAAGAGCCUUUACUUGUUGAGAAUGUCCCUGAUCCAUUGGCUGGGGAACAGACAUGGCCUACUGAGGCCGAAAUGGCUGAAGCAGAAAGAAAUCAAGAGGAAAGAAAGCUGAAAAGGAAAACUCUUCCAAAGGGCACUUCUGAAUAUCAGGCUGCUUGGAUUGUAGAAGAUUCAGAUGCUGAUGUUUCUGAGAGCGAGAAUGAAGAAGAUGAUGGUAUGGUGCUAGACGAAGGGGAAAAUGCCUUUAAUAGCCAAGGACGUAAGGAUGAGUUUGAACUCGAUGAUGACCAGGCUUCUCUAGCACUCGUAUCAGAUGAAGAAACUGAGACUCAUUCCAUGAUGAUGGAUGGUGAGAAUCUGACUAGGGAGCAAAUGGAAGAAGAGAUGAGAAAAAUUAAAGAAGCACAUGCUGAGGAUGAAGAAUUCCCUGAUGAAGUGGAUACUCCAUUGGAUGUCCCUGCUAGGAAGCGUUUCGCCAAGUACAGAGGGCUCAAAUCUUUCAGAACUUCCUCCUGGGACCCGAAAGAAUCUCUACCUCAAGAGUAUGCUAGAAUAUUUGCAUUUGACAAUUUUAAUAGGACUCAAAAGCAUGUACUGUCUAGAGCCCGAGAGAUGGAACAGAACAUUGAUGAAUGUAUACCAGCUGGUUCAUAUGCAAGGCUCCAUAUCCGGGAAGUUCCAAUUGGUGUGGCAAACAAGUUAAAUCUUGUAACGAAGACAAUGCCUGUGACCCUGUGUGGUCUGAUGCAGCAUGAGUCUAAAAUUUCUGUCCUUCACUUCAGCUUAAAAAAGCAUGACAGUUACACUGCUCCAAUAAAAGCUAAAGAAGAGAUGAUAUUCAAUCUUGGCUUUCGCCAGUUUGUUGCAAGGCCGAUAUUUUCUUCAGAUAGUUUUAACGCUGAUAAGCAAAAAAUGGAGAGAUUUCUCCAUCCCGGGCGUUUUUCAGUAGCUUCAGUAUAUGCUCCUAUUUCAUUUCCUCCCCUUCCUUUAAUUGCCCUGAAGAUUAAAGACGAUGCAACUCCUGCCACUGUUGCUGCCAUUGGCUCUUUGAGAAGUAUUGACCCAGAUAGGGUUAUUCUAAAGAAAAUUAUUUUAACCGGUUACCCUCAACGAGUAUCAAAACAGAAAGCGACAGUAAGAUACAUGUUUCAUAACCCAGAGGAUGUCAGAUGGUUCAAGCCUGUUGAAGUUUGGUCAAAGUGUGGUCGUCGUGGUCGCAUCAAGGAACCUGUUGGUACACAUGGGGCAAUGAAAUGCAUCUUGAAUGGAGUUCUCCAACAGCAUGACACGUUAUGCAUGAGUUUGUUUAAACGCACAUACCCCAGGUGGCCGGAAAAGUGGUUCCCGAUGACAGAUGCUUAAGACAAAGGUCAAGUGGAGGCUGUGGUCUAUGUUUUCUCCCCAAGUGUGAAGGGGGGAAGAAAUCAUAUUUGCUGCACAUGGGAAUGAAGCUCUGGUUCAGAAUGAGUUACUAUUCAAGUUUUUUGUGGGGGGAAGUUUUUCACUUUGUUUCCUGUUCUUUCUCCCCAAAGGUUUCAUCAGAAACCAGUUUAUAGUGUAUAAUAUAUGGUAGCUCAUUUUUUGGUGCCACAACACAAUCUUGUAUCACUUAUAUAUUAGUUCCAAAUCGCACACAUGUUUUUUUUUUUUUUUUGAAUCCUUAUCAAGUUUUAUACCAUUUUUGAUUAUGCUAUUUUACUGUA